UUGAGGUAUCACAACAUGCACUAGCAUAUAUACUACUUAAAAUCAAUGGAGUUGAUCAAUGAGGAAAGUGCUGGUGAGCUGCUUCAAGCUCAAACUCAUGUAUGGAAUCAUAUAUUCAACUUCAUAAACUCCAUGACUUUGAAAUGUGCUGUUCAACUAGGCAUACCAGAUAUGAUCCAAAAACAUGGCAAACCCAUGACCCUCUCUGAGCUUGUUUCUGCCCUACCAAUCCACCCAUCAAAAGCUCAAUACGUCCACCGCCUUAUGCCUGUUCUCGUGCACUCUGGUUUCUUUUCCCAGCAAACUCUUGAUAGCAUUCACAGCCAAGAAGCCUACUCCCUUACCCAAUCCACUCGUCUCCUCCUCAAGGAUAACCCCUGGAGUAGAAGACCUCUUUUACUUCUGGGGCUCGACCCAGUUCUGACAAAACCAUGGGAUUGCUUGAGCACCUGGUUCCAAAAUGAUGAAGCCACCGCAUUUAGUGUUGCCCAUGAAAAGACACUUUGGGAGUACGCUGACCAAGAUCCAAGACUCAACAAUCUCUUUAAUGAUGCCAUGGCUAGUGAUAGCAUACUAGUUAGCAAGUUGGCUGUAAGCAAAUGUAAAGGCACCUUUGAUGGAGUGAAUUCUUUGGUGGAUGUCGGCAGGACAAGAAAUGCACUUCUCAAGAGAGCAUCUGAACAAGGUCUAAGAAUCAAAGUUAAUUGA